UUAUUUAUUUUUCGUUUUAGACAAAACUCAAAAGGGAUUAUAUCGUCGUUUCCGCAUUAUCAGGUUCUGCAGAAGGGCAGAUCCAUCUCUGUUCUGUCCUCCAAUUCAAAGUAAACCCUAGCAGAAUAUUAUAUUCUUGCGUGUAAUUGUGAGUUUGGAUGCUGAUGGGUCUGGGGUUGAGCUAGAUUUUCUGGGUUUUUUUUUUUUUAAAUUCUUGGGUUUGGGUUAAAGAAAUAAAUUGUGUUUGGAGGAGAAGCUGAGGGGGAAGGCGAGUUAGCAAUGGGUGUUUGCACCUCCAAACCCUCCUUAGAACCCAGGGAUUGGGGGAAUGAUCAGCAGACGGAUAGGAAUGUUCCGGUGAAAGAUAAUCCGGAUAACGGCGAGAAUCAGCAAAGGAAUUUGAAGGUUGAGGGCGGAAGAAAGUCGCCGUUUUUCCCGUUUUACAGUCCCAGCCCUGCACACUACCUGUUCGCCAAAAAGUCACCCGCGAGAUCUCCGGCGAAUGCGCCUAGCUCCAACUCCACGCCGAGGAGGUUUUUCCGGCGGCCGUUCCCCCCGCCGUCUCCGGCCAAGCACAUCCGAGCUGUUCUGGCGCGGAGGCACGGCUCCGUGAAGCCGAACGGAGCGGCAAUUCCAGAAGGCGCCGAAUCGGAGGGUGGGCUCGACAAAAGUUUCGGCUUUUCGAAGCAUUUUAGUAACAAGUACGAGCUUGGCGAGGAGGUUGGGAGAGGGCAUUUCGGGUAUACUUGUAGAGCGAAGUUUAAGAAGGGUGAGCUGAAGGGUCAAGAGGUUGCUGUUAAGGUUAUCCCUAAAGCAAAGAUGACAACUGCCAUAGCCAUUGAAGAUGUCAGAAGGGAGGUGCUAAUAUUGAGAGCUUUGACUGGGCACAAUAAUUUAGUACAGUUUUAUGAUGCAUAUGAAGACAAUGAUAACAUCUACAUAGUAAUGGAGCUUUGUGAAGGAGGAGAGCUUUUGGAUAGAAUAUUGUCAAGAGGUGGAAAAUACACUGAAGAAGAUGCAAAAGCUGUGAUGAUACAGAUACUAAAUGUUGUGUCCUUUUGCCAUUUACAAGGUGUGGUGCACCGGGACCUCAAGCCCGAGAAUUUCUUGUUCACAUCUAAGGAUGAAAAUGCACUACUGAAAGCUAUAGAUUUUGGACUGUCUGAUUUUGUAAAGCCAGAUGAAAGGCUCAAUGAUAUUGUUGGCAGUGCCUAUUACGUAGCUCCUGAAGUUCUGCAUAGAUCUUACAGUACAGAGGCUGAUGUUUGGAGUAUCGGUGUCAUAGCAUAUAUUCUAUUGUGCGGCAGUCGUCCAUUUUGGGCUCGAACUGAAUCUGGAAUCUUUCGUGCUGUCCUGAAAGCCGAUCCAAGUUUCGAAGAACAGCCUUGGCCUACCCUUUCUCCUGAGGCAAAAGACUUUGUCAAACGUUUGUUGAAUAAGGAUCCUCGGAAAAGAAUGACUGCAGCUCAAGCCUUGUGCCAUCCAUGGAUAAAAAGCUGCAAUGACACGAAAGUGCCGUUGGAUAUACUAAUAUUCAAACUCAUGAAGGCUUACAUGCGAUCAUCUGCUCUAAGGAAAGCUGCUUUACGGGCUUUAUCCAAAACGUUGACUGUGGACGAGCUUUUUUAUUUGAAGGAGCAGUUUGCUCUGCUAGAACCUAACAAAAAUGGCACCAUAAGUUUGGAAAAUAUAAAAACGGCCUUGAUGAAAUAUGCAACAGAUGCCAUGAAAGAGUCUCGUAUCCAUGAUUUUCUUGCAUCGCUUAAUGCACUACAGUACAGGAGGAUGGAUUUCGAGGAAUUCUGUGCAGCUGCGUUAAGUGUCCAUCAGCUCGAGUCUCUUGAUCGAUGGGAACAACAUGCACGAUGCGCCUAUGAAAUCUUCGAAAAGGAUGGAAAUAGGGCCAUAGUCAUUGAAGAAUUAGCUUCGGAACUUGGUCUCGGCCCUUCUGUUCCUUUGCACGCCGUUCUCCACGACUGGAUCAGACACACCGACGGAAAGCUAAGUUUCCUAGGAUUCGCCAAAUUGUUGCACGGUGUGUCAAGUCGCACGACUGCAAAGGUCCAAUGACACUCGAGACGCCCAUCCUACUAGGCUUGAUCAUCAUCAUUUAGCUACUUCUUUCUCGUCGGGGCUGAUAAGAGGCGACUAACGUGAGUUGCGGUCCAUCAUCUCCACAAACACGUGCAGUGGGCGCCCACCACCGCGACAAUUAUCCAGAUUGUGAUUACCCUGAUCUCCUCGCCCCUACCUCUAUUUAUUCUUAGAAUACGCGAUGCAGCCAUUGUUUCCACGUCAGCCAACGAGAACAGCGCGAUACCCCGCUCUCUCGUAUGAAGGCCAUAGUUGUGUUGUUUGAUUUGUUUCUGUGAGUAUUUUUCUCAGCUGGUUAGUGGACAAUCAUACAAGAUGUUCUAACAACAGUAACCCUAUUGGACUGCUCUUACGCCAUCAAUUGUCUUUAUCAUCGUAAUCUUUCAGAAUGCUUUUUAUGUUGCUUCUCAGUUCUCAACCCCAUGGAAUGAAUUUGUUCAUACUUUAUUAA